AUCACUUUUUCCCUUUUAGCCCCCACCUUAGGUCCUUCUUAACACAGCAGCACCUCCUUUCUUCUUCCUUGUUCCCUUUUCCCUCCUCUUCGUCAUUACCAGAUAAGCUUCCCCCAAAACUUUCUCUCUCUAACAACAUAUUUUCUCUCUCCUCAAAAACUCCCCCUUUUUUUUCUCCCUAACCCCACCUCUCCACCUGUAAUACCGAUUUUCCCUCAAACUUCUCCAUUAUCCAAUUACCUCGAUUUUAGCAAUUUUUCCCCCCAAUAUAUCUAGGGUUUUUAUUUUUUAUUUAUUUAUUUUUUUUCUAAAAUUAUAUUCAAUCCCAAUUUUGGGUUUUUCUUCCUUAAUUUUUUUUUGAAUUUUCAAUAUGAUGAGAAGACAAAAUCAUCAACACCAUCAUCAUCAUCAUCAACAACAACAACCUCAAUCUAGGGUUUUGUACGAAUUAUCUUCACUUAUACUCAACAUCUUACGCUACCCACCAUCACCGUCAUCGCUCAAUUUCUCCGACCAUAAUCUCUACUCUCCUCCGCCGUCGUCGUCGUCGUCGGCGCCGGCGGUUAGGGUUCCUCCGCAGAUAACGCCGGCGGGCUUCGCGUCGUUGAUGUUGGGGAUUUCUCUGGCUUUGAUGCUCUGUGGAUCGGUCACCUUCUUCAUUGGUUUCAUGUUGUUACCUUGGGUUAUUGGGCUUGUUAUGGUCUUCUAUUUUGUGGGUUUGGUUACCAGUAUUUCGGUUUUGGGCCGGACUUUUCUCUGUUACGCCACCUCUGCUCCGCCUUCUUCUCCGUCUUCCCCUCGGAAAGAUAUUCCUGCCUGGAAAUUCAUGUAAAGAUGGCUAGGAUAUUGCGGAGGCACAGAGGCACUAUUGCAACUAUAGAGAAGGUGGGCAUUCGUAAUCCUUGGCUUCUCUUUUGAUAUACAAAGGAAUUGCUAUGAGCCGAAAAGCUAUUGGAAUGUGGUCUGUGGGUAACUGGCUUUAAAGAUUGUUAUAGAACUUAUGGAUAUGUGGCUUCUUCAUUCAGCUGUUUUGGUGGGGGGGGGGGGGG